ACAUUCUCAGGUUUAUUUUGACAGCUCUGGGCGACGGAGCUGGGAGGGAGCAGAUGUCGCGAGAGUUGGGCGCUGGCCAUCUGGCUGGGGGACCUUAGCUAUGGCUAGCCUGGAGAGCGAGGCCGAGCGCGAGCCGCUCUUGGGCCACCCGACACCCGGAAGCAGAGAGUGGCACACUAUAGAAACUCAAGAACAUUACAACAGCAGAUGGAGAUCCAUAAGGAUUCUAUAUCUGACGAUGUUUCUCAGCAGUGUAGGGUUUUCUAUUGUGAUAAUGUCAAUAUGGCCAUAUCUCCAAAAGAUUGACCAGACAGCCGAUGCAAGUUUUUUGGGCUGGGUUAUUGCUUCAUUUAGUCUUGGCCAAAUGGUAGCUUCACCUAUAUUUGGUUUAUGGUCUAAUUAUAGGCCAAGAAAAGAACCUCUAAUCGUCUCCAUCUUUAUUUCGGUGGCAGCCAACUGCCUAUAUGCAUAUGUCCAUGUCCCAGCUACUUAUAAUAAAUACUACAUGUUGGCUGCUCGUGGACUAGUGGGAUUUGGAGCAGGAAACGUAGCAGUGGUUAGAUCCUAUAUUGCUGGUGCGACCUCACUUCAGGAAAGAACAAGUUCCAUGGCCAAUACAAGCACGUGCCAAGCAUUGGGUUUUAUCCUGGGCCCAGUUUUUCAGACUUGCUUUGCACUAAUUGGAGAAAAGGGUGUGACGUGGGAUGCCAUUGAGCUGCAGAUCAACAUGUACACAGCACCAGUUUUACUUGGCGCCAUUCUGGGAAUUUUAAACAUUAUUCUGAUCCUUGUUAUAUUAAGAGAACACCGUGUGGAUGACUCAGGACGGCAGUGUAAAAGCAUUAAUUUUGAAGAAGAAAGUAAAGAUGGAGUUCAGAUUCCCCAAGGAAGUAUCGAUCAAGUUGCUGUUGUGACCACCAAUAUUUUGUUUUUUGUGAUUCUAUUUAUCUUUGCACUUUUUGAAACAAUCCUUACUCCAUUGACAAUGGAUAUGUAUGCCUGGACUCAAGAACAAGCUGUACUCUAUGAUGGAAUAAUACUGGCUGCGCUUGGCAUUGAGGCUGUUAUUGUUUUCAUGGGGGUUAAGUUACUUGCCAAAAAGAUUGGUGAGCGUGCUCUUCUACUGGGAGGACUCAUUGUCAUGUGGCUUGGCUUCUUUGUCUUAUUGCCUUGGGGAAAUCAAUUUCCCAAAAUACAGUGGGAAGAUUUACAUAAUGGCUCAAUUCCAAAUGCCACAUUUGGGGAAAUGGUUAUUGAUACUUGGAAUUCUCCAAGAGAAGCUCAUGGUGAACAACCUACUGGCUGCCCGAUUGAACAAGCCUGGUGCCUGUAUACCCCAGUCAUCCAUCUGGCCCAGUUCUUCACAGCAGCUGUGCUGAUUGGAGUAGGCUAUCCAGCCUGCAAUGUUAUGUCCUAUACAUUAUAUUCAAAAAUUCUAGGCCCCAAACCUCAGGGUACAUACAUGGGCUGGUUAACUGCUUCUGGAAGUGCAGCACGCAUUCUUGGGCCUGUAUUCAUCAGUCAUGUGUACACAUACUUGGGACCGCGGUGGGCCUUCAGCCUUGUGUGUGGAAUAGUGGUACUCACCACCAUGCUCCUGGGAGUGGUUUACAGAAGACUCGUUGCCUUUUCUGUCAUGCAUGGGAGGACUCAGGAGACAGCCCACUAAGGCUGGAAUGUAUGCACUUGCUGUGUGCCUGACACUUGCUAGGAACCAGUUCCAAGUCAGUCUGCACACAGUGCACUGAAGAAGAACAUUCACCAAGCAAUGUAACUGCAUGGUGGGAAUAAAAAAUAUCUUGGGCUUUAAUUUCCUCAUCUCAAAAAUGAAGUAUUUUUCUUAUGACACCUUUUUGAACUAAAAAAUAGAUGAAUAGUAAUGGUGUAUAAACAUAUUUUGUAAUGUAAGUUGCAGGGCUUUUAUUAAAAUAAUGAGAUUG